AUGACAACCCCUCCCCAACCCCAAAACCAAACCAUCCACACCAGCAGUAACCAUCACAACACCAACGGUGGAGGAUCUGCCAACGCUCCCACAGCAUCCGGUCGCUCUCGCAAGAGACCCGCGCCAGGAACCUCUGCCCCAAUCAUCUCGCCCAUUCCCGCCGUGACCACGACAUCGCCUUCUCCGCCGCCCUCGCUUUCCGGCCCUGAUAUGAGCUACCUAGGCCUACCCCAAACCUCUAGUCCCCGUCUCCCACAGUCCUCACUGCCGCCUGGCCAGAACAUCUACCCUACCGUGCCACAUAUCGUCGAGGCGUAUCGUUCACAGCAGCAGGUCCCGGUAUCUCCGCAACAGCAGCAGCAGAUUGACGCCAACAGCCAGAUUGCCCUGAUAAACCGCGGUACAAACACGCUUAUCCGGAUGCCGUACAACACGGGCCCGACGGGAAUGCCGCAGAUGGGACCAUCGGCGGCACAGAUGGGAAUGAUGGGGGUAACUGGACUUGGUCAGGUUAUUGGGCCGCCGGGGCAGGUGGGACCGGACGGGAUGGAUCUGGCGUUUGAUAGGGAGCUGCAAAUGAGGAUUGACAAGAUGAGGAAGAAGAGGGCGACCAUUCCGCCGUUCGUACAGAAGCUCAGCAGCUUUGUGAACGACCCGAAGACAGACGCACUCAUCCGGUGGUCUCCAUCCGGAAAUUCAUUCCUGGUUCUUGACGAGGAUGAAUUCUCAAAAACCCUUAUCCCAGACCUUUUCAAGCACAAUAAUUACGCUUCCUUUGUUCGACAGCUCAACAUGUACGGAUUCCACAAGGUCGUUGGUCUGGCAGAUGGCUCACUCAAAACAUCGGAACAGCGGAGCAAGCCACCGAGCGAGUAUGAGAACCCAUAUUUUAAGCGCGGACAACCGGAUCUUAUGUGGUUGAUCUCAAAGCCAAAGGGGAAAGGAAAGAGGAAACAGCCCAAGAAGAAUCACCAGGAGGACUCGGACAACGCGGAAGAUCUCAGUGAUGGGGACGGGGAAUUUGGUGACGGGAACGGAGGAAGAGGAUAUAUCGAGGGCCCCAAGGCGGAGGGCCAGGAUGGCGGUGGGAAUCAUCAGCAAAGUAACGGGGGAGGGAGAAGUACUAGGCCAGAUAUCGCGGCAGUUAUCCAGCAAUUAGAGGCAGUGAGAAAUCACCAGGCUAUGAUCUCAGCUGCAAUUAAUCGUUUAAGAAAGGAUCAUAACCAGCUUUAUGAGCAGAGCGUGGCGUUUCAGACUCUCCAUGAUCGCCACGAGAACUCAAUUAACGCGAUACUAUCAUUUUUGGCUACAGUGUAUGAUAAGUCUCUUGGUGGCAAUAUCAAUGGCCCAUUCAGCACUCUGUUUCAGAACCAAGUUGAGCAUUUGCAGCCCCUUCAUCAGCAGGGAGUCGGUGCAGUUGUAGGGAAUACAGGCGGGGCAAUAGUCACCCCAAGGCAGGGCCAAAGAGGCAAUGCCAACCAAAUGGCACGGCGGCGGCAGCUUCUCCUUGAAAACGGCCCCCAAAUUCAAAUAUCUGAAGAAGAGUCCCCCAAACCCCAAACAUCACCCAUUAUCUCCAAGCCCAACGUUGGCUCCCAGAUGAAAUCCAACAUGGGGUCUCCUGUGAUCCAGAAUUAUCAAACCUACCAGAGCCCCAGCAUACAAGAACUCAAUGGCCAAGACACCACGACCUCACGAGGGGGCGGCAAUACCGACCAGUACCAGAACCACCAGCAAGCACAGUACCCCAACAUCUUUUCCCUCCCCGACUCACCCAUCGGCCGCCAAACCGCAUCUUCGCCCGUCUCGGCACACUCGAUGACCCCCCGCCUCUUUGCUCGCCCCUUGGCACAACCGGGAUUAUCGGCACAGACACUACAAGAGCAUAAUGCGCAGCUCGCAGCAAAAGCCCGAGAAAUUGAGGAGCUCGAGGAGCUUCAAACCGCGCAGACACACCAUGUUGACGAACUCAUGGACAUGAUGACCAAGUUUGCGGACACGGACGCGGCAACCAACGGUGGUGCUGGGCACAUGAACGGCAACGGAGGCGUCGACAGCGGGGGCACCAACAUCGACGAGUUCCUCAACUGGGGACUCAAUGGUGAUGGGAGCAUGGCAAACGGAUUUGCGGUCGACGGCGGUGACGGACAAUCGGGGCUUGAGGGUGUCGACGACCUGAAUGCUCUCUUUUCUUUCAGUGCCAAUGGCCCGGAUGCCGACGCGUUGAAUGUCCUUUCCGGUAAUAGGGACAGUGGUGGGCUCGGCGUGGGGAAAGUACUUACAAACCCGAGCACGGUUGUAGCAUCCCCGGCAGGGAGCACAGCAAGCCGAGCUAGAGAAGAGAUUGAUGAAGAAGUUGAGGAGGUGGCACCAAAGAGGAGGAGAAUGGGGGAGGGAAAUGAUGACCUUGAUGCAGACGACUCUUUGGUCAAUGAGUUGGAGCAACUGCUGGCGGUAGUGCCGAAUCCUGGCGACGCUGGUGCUAAGCUGGACGACACAAGGGUGCAAGCGAUAGUAUGA